AUGUUAACUAGAUCUGUACUAAUUAUACAACAUGAGAUUAAAAAGGUUCUUAACUAUUUCUAUCUUCUAGAUAACCUUAUAGAUUCUUUAGACGCUUUCAAUAUCUUUAUAGAUUCAGUUGUAAAUUUAAAGAGUUUUCUUAAUAAAUUGGCUGGUAAGGGUCAAAGUGUUAUAAUGGGAACUAUUGGUUUCGACUCGACACACGCGGUACAGAAUGUUACAGCUAUAUGGAUUUUAAUCAAUCAGUUAUCACCAGCACAGAGACAUCGUGUUUUGGCCGACGCUGGUUUAGAUGAACAGACGUUAGCCUUACUUCUCGACAAGAUGCACGUCAAAGAUUAUGAGAAGCCUAUGAUGCAAUAUGCAGAAUUUCGGAUAA